GCCGGCCGUUGCUGGGCAUGCUCUCUGAGUGCCCCGCACCAACAUGGCGGUCGGCUUCGCUGGGGUGACUUUAAUUCUCGGUUUUCGGUUAUAGCCGGCCGCUGCUUAUUUGUCUCCGGGAAGCCCUGAGCGCGUGGUGCAGCCGGAGAAAGGCUGGGUGCGUGCGAGGGUGAAAGGUGAGAGGGGACUGCAGGCAUCUGGGCCGACUUCUGGCGGGAGGAAGAUGGCUGAAGGCGAGCGGCACUCGCCGCCAGAUUCUUCAGAGGAUAGCCCUCCAGCCACUCAGAACUUCAUCAUUCCAAAAAAAGAGAUCCACACUGUUCCAGACAUGGGCAAAUGGAAGCGUUCUCAGGCGUAUGCUGACUACAUCGGAUUCAUCCUCACCCUCAAUGAAGGUGUGAAGGGGAAGAAGCUGACCUUCGAGUACACAGUCUCCGAGGCCAUUGAGAAACUGGUCGCUCUUCUCAACACGCUGGACAGGUGGAUUGAUGAGACUCCUCCGGUGGACCAGCCCUCUCGAUUUGGGAACAAGGCCUACAGGACCUGGUAUGCCAAACUUGAUGAGGAAGCAGAAAACUUGGUGGCCACAGUGGUCCCCACCCAUUUGGCAGCUGCUGUUCCUGAGGUGGCUGUUUACUUAAAGGAGGCAGUAGGGAACUCUACGCGCAUCGACUACGGCACAGGACAUGAAGCCGCCUUUGCUGCUUUCCUCUGCUGUCUCUGCAAGAUUGGGGUGCUGCGGGUGGACGACCAAAUAGCCAUUGUCUUCAAGGUGUUCAAUCGGUAUCUUGAGGUUAUGCGGAAACUCCAGAAGACGUACAGGAUGGAGCCAGCUGGCAGCCAGGGCGUGUGGGGCCUGGAUGACUUCCAGUUUCUGCCCUUCAUCUGGGGCAGUUCGCAGCUGAUAGACCACCCAUAUCUGGAGCCCAGGCACUUUGUCGAUGAGAAGGCCGUGAAUGAGAACCACAAGGACUACAUGUUCCUGGAAUGUAUCCUGUUUAUCACCGAGUUACUGACAGAGGAACCAUUUACAAAAGGCCGAUUCUCUUGGGAGUGGAGAGGCAGGAACGCAGCGUCUAUGAAGACAGGCCCCUUUGCAGAGCACUCCAACCAGCUGUGGAACAUCAGUGCUGUCCCCUCCUGGUCCAAAGUGAACCAGGGUCUCAUCCGCAUGUAUAAGGCUGAGUGCCUGGAGAAGUUCCCGGUGAUCCAGCACUUCAAGUUUGGGAGCCUGCUGCCCAUCCAUCCUGUCACGUCGUGCUAGGAGGGGCUGAGCAGCCCGAGCCGUCCAGGCUGCUCCUGUGCCUGCCUCCCCCACCGCAGCUGCGGCCCCCUCCCCACCCUUUCCCUCUGUUCUUUCUGUUUGAUGAGAGGCUGUUUACUGGGAUGAGUGGCGAGCGUGAGGUGGAGGGAGGCUCAUAGCAUAAGGCUGAAGGGCCCAAGUUGGAAGAAGCGACCAAAGUGUGGCCAGUGUCCUGACUUCCCCUGUGGUGGACCAGUGAGAAGAGAGGGCCCCGCUCCCACCCUGGCCUCCCUCUCCUCCUCCCUGUUCAGUCCCAUUCGAGACCCAGGCUGUCCUGGGCCCCAGCGGGGGGGGGAGGUACCGUGCCGCUGCCCUUGCUUUUCCUCCCAGGUUGCCUUCCUAGGGGUUGGAGCGGAUGCUCCCCACGGGGUGGGUCAACGUCCUAAGCCAUGUUUGGGUGGGUGAGUGGGUGUCCCGAGGGCUGGGCGCUGAGGCUGGUGCCAGACUGGGGUGGGGUUGGGAAGGGAAAAGCGUUGGCUGUUCUGGCCGGUGACCCUCCCAGCUCCUCCUCGUGGCUGCCCCCUGGGCCUGUGGUCACCUGUGUCCAGUGCCUCCUCCUUGCUUUUCUGUUCUUUGGCCUUUGGCUCAAGGGUAGCCUCUAGAAGCUGCCCUUUGGGCAGGCGCCAGGCUCCUGGGAGGGCCUGGCAGGGCUUGCUCGCCAGUGGAGUGGGUGAGGCCUGCCUUUCCAAAGCUUUCUCUGGCCGGGAGUGGGUGGCCAAAACUCUGGAGGGGUAAGGUUGUGGGCUACAGGCCAGUUGUGGUUGUGGAGAACCUGGAUUCCUUUCGGCAUUCUUAUGUCCAGCUGCUCCUGCUCCUGCCCCCGCCUCGUUGCUGCUUGCUUCUCCAAGGCCCUUAGCCCUGUUUCCCUGCCCCUCUCUCUGGGCGGUGGGUGAGUGGGCUGCAGGAAGGCUCUGAAAACAGCCGCCCACUUUCUGGUCCUCCCCUCCCAGAAGUGGCCUGCUGGGGUUCCAGGAUGAGGUAGUGAUGGCCCCUCAAGGCCAGACUUUGGCUCUGAGGAUGGGCAGGGGCUGGGCCAGGCAGGCCUACUUGGGGGGUUGAGGGUGCUGGCAGCAUCAAUGCAAGUAAGUUCCAGAGUUUUCUUCUGGAGAGGGGAUGCUCCCAGGCCUGGCUCUCACAGUCUCUCCCCUGCUCAAGCCCAGGCUGGCCCAUCUCCACUGCGCCCUCCCCGUAUCUGAGUCCACACACCCUUUGGGAAGGGGAGCACCCGAGAAGCGCAAUUCACGGGCUUGGCCUUCAGGUCUGGGCUGAUGGCCUGGGUAGAGGCUGGGACAGGAGCAGCAAGAGUCACAGAAAUGGUUUUCUUCGGAGAGGCCCAUUGCCUGCCUGCCUCCCUCGCGGGCCCAGACCACCGCCUUCCUGGCCCCUCCUUCCUGUGUCCCCUCAGGGCCCUCCAGCCCCUGGCUCCUUUAUUGCCCUUCAGAUUAAAGCCUCUGUUUUGCACCUGUCA